AUGGGCUCCAUCCUUGGGAAGCUCGACGAUCAGCUCCUGCUGCGUGCUGAUGAAGACGAGGCAGCAGUACAGGCCAUCCGGCAGCUCAGGGACGGUGUUGCCACCAUAGGCACCAAGCUGGCGGAGCUAUCAGAGGUACACGACCCUCCACUCACAGUGACUCACUGGAUGAGGGACGCCCGAGAGUUGUCCUACGACAUAGAGGACUGCGUCGACCUGUUCGCCGUGGCGUGGGUCGACGAGGUCUCGGGAUUAUUCAGGACUCGUGUGGAGGAGGUGAUGGAACGCUACCACAGGUUCAGGCUUGAACACAUCCUCAUCAGAAGUCGUCGUCGUCCUCCUCAAGCUGCAACAAAAACUGAGAUUGAGAUUGCCUCUGAUGAGGAUCCUGAUACUACUGUCGCCCCUGUCGGCAUGGAAGGCCCAAGAGCUGAGAUUGUCACGUUGCUGAUGAAGCCAAAGGGUGACGAUGAAAAAGAGCUGCGGCAGCUCAAGGUUGUGUCUAUUCUUGGUGUUGAAGGAGUCGGUAAGAGCACGCUUGCUCAAGAACUGUGGCGUUUUUUGGGGGAAGAUCAGUUCGAAUGCCGCGCGUUCGUGAAGGCGUCGAAAAAGCCUAACAUGAGGAUGAUUCUCAGAAGCAUACUCGUACAAGUCCGCCCAAACCAACAACUGUCGGAAGCUUGCCGAGUGCCAGACCUCAUUCACGAUAUCACCAAGCAUCUCCAAGAUAAGAGGUACUUCAUUAUAAUCGAUGACUUAUGGGCUGUAUCAGUAUGGGAUACAGUCAGCCGUGCUUUUCCGGAGGGUAAUUGUUGCAGCAGAAUAGUAACAACAACAACAUUUAAGGAAGUAGCCCUGGCAUGUUGCAGUUAUGACCCUGAAAAUAUUUUCAAGAUGAAAUCGCUCAGUCAUGAUCACUCUACAGAGUUAUUUGUUAGAACAGUUUUUGGCUCUGGAAAAGAAUGUCCACAAAAGUUUCAUGAUGUUUCAGAUGAGAUCACAGGAAAAUGUGGUGGUUUACCCCUAGCCAUUAUCUGCCUAGCUACACUUGUAUCAAGCAAACCGGAAGCAGGACAUCAAUGGGAAUACAUACAGAACUUUCUGCGUGAAAAUUUGAGAACAAAUCCAACUUCAGUGGAAAUUCUGAAGCAAGUACUGAAUCUCUGCUACAGUAGUCUUCCUCGUGGUUUGAGGACAUGUCUUCUGUAUCUUAGUGUAUACCCUGAGAACUACUUUAUUCUGAAGGAAGAAUUAGUGAAGCAGUGUUGGAUAGCCGAAGACUUUAUCUGUGCAAAGGCAGAGGAUGACAUUGUAGAAGUUGCCAGCAGCUAUUUUGAUGAGCUCGUAAGUUUGGUCCUGAUCCAACGAAUGGAUAUCAACCGUAACAAAAAGGGGUUGCACUUGCACUAUGUAGUGCACCCUAUGGUAUUUGAGUUUAUAACAUGCAAAUCCAUAGAAGAUAAUUUCAUCACUGUCAUCGAUUAUUCUCAGUCGACAGUAGCACUCACUGAAAAGAUUCGUCGACUGUCACUCCACUUCGGCAGUGCAACUUAUGCAUCUAUACCAGAAAGUAUGGCAAGAUCUCAAAUCCGAUCACUCAGUUUUAUGGGACUAUUGAACUGCAUGCCUUCACUUGCGGAUUUUGAGCUUGUUCGUGUUGUAAUCCUACAUGUCCUGGUUGAUAAUGGAGACAAAAGUUUCCCCCUCACGGGAAUAGGUGGACUGCUGUUCUUGAGAUACUUGCAGGUCAGAUGCAACGUCACCGUAGAAUUGCCGGAGGAGAUCGGAUGCCUGAAACACUUGGAAACACUGGAAAUACAAAGAGUAGCAGCUAUUCCAUCAGAAAUUGUCCGUCUUGAAAGCUUCAAGAUGAAAAGAUUUGAUCGAAUUGAUGGAGAAUAUGAUCCUUUUUUAAAGAAGAAGAACUGGAUCCAUGAGAUGGGGCUUUCAAAUGAGCGAGAUGAUGUCGUGAAGAUACUACAUGCAGUCAGCAAGGAAGACUUGUCAGAUGAUCGACCUGCAGGAGUUGUAGGGAAAAUGCCAGGGGAUGAUGCCUUGUCAAAUGAUCAACCUGGAGGAGUUCUAGGAAAAAUGACAUGGGAAGAUGACUUUCCAAAUGAUCAACCUGGAGGAGUUCUAGGAGAAAUGCUAGGGGAUGAUGCCUUGUCGUCAAAUGAUCAACCUGGAGGAGUUCUAGGAAAAAUGACAUGGGAAGAUGGCUUUCCAAAUGAUCAACCUGGAGUUCUUGGAGAAAUGCCAGGGGAUGAUGCCUUGUCGUCAAAUGAUCAACCUGGAGGAGUUCUAGGAAAAAUGACAUGGGAAGAUGACUUUCCAAGUGAUCAACCUGGAGGAGUUCUAGGAAAAAUGACAUGGGAAGAUGACUUGCCAAAUGAUCAACCCGCAAGAGUUUUAGGGAAAAUGCCGUGGGAAGAUGACUUAUCAAAUGAUCAACCUGGAGGAGUUCUAGGAAACAUGGAGGGGGAAUAUAUGAAUAAAUAUGAUGCAUAUACCAGGGUGAUGGAGCUGGCGUCGAAGCGUGCGGUGGUGGUGUUCACGCUGAGUUCCUGCGUCAUGUCCCACACGGUGAGGCGGCUGAUGGCUGACCUGGGCGUGAACCCGCUGGUGCACGAGCUGGACAGCGACCCCAGUGGAAAGGAGUUGGAGCGCGCGCUGCUCAAGAUGCUCGGCGGGAGAAGGUUGUCCGCCGUCCCUGCCGUCUUCAUCGGCGGCACCGACAGGGUCAUGUCGCUCCACCUCGCUGGCGAGCUCGUGCCCAUGCUCAGGGACGCUGCCGCGCUCUGGGCAGUGGUGGAAGCGGUAGAUCGCCGCCGGCUCGGGGUGCGAGUGCAACGGUUGCCCCCACGACAGCACCACCGACGGCAGUGCCGCGAGCUCGCAGAUGGCCUUCUCGAACCUGGGGAUGCCGCCCGGCCCGGCGACGCAGUGGCAGAACCGUUGCCUCGCCCAAAACCUGCUCGAUGAAAUGCCGUCAGCGCUAGAUGCACACUUGAAGGCUGGUAAAGAGAUACAAAAACCUGAGAAAAAUGCAUGCCUUCAAGAUAUGCAGAGAGCAGUUGUAAACUGGAUGAUUGUGCAGGGAAGGAAGAGCAUGGCGAGAUUAGUAUCUGCUUUCAACAACUGUUCAAGCUCCAACCCAAUUUGCUUUUCCUAAGAUAGGUAAUUUGAAAACAUACCACCCAAAGAAUCUAUGGCCCUGUAUGUUUUAGCUUCUGUCUAACUUUAAAGGCUCGAUUUUGGAAAAUCCAAAAGUCAGAUGACAAGCUUACACAAAGUUGCUUGAACUCAUGACUCGGAACAAAAACCUUACACGAAGUUCAGGGGACCUAUUCAGCAACAUACAUGACAAGCUUACACGAGGUCAGCACGGUACAUCACACACAUGCCAUACACGAGGUCAGUAGGGUACAUCACACACAUGCCGUAGUCUAACUGAAACAACAUACUAUUCCCAGGGCAAUGAAUCAAUGCAAUGCUUCGAAAA